AUGAGGAGGAUCGAUCCUCAGGAGUUUCCUAGCAAGUUUCCAGGCAACGUGGUGCUGUGGAAGCCGAGCGACGCGGCCAUGCUGGCCAGCUACGCCGUGUACCAGGUGCUCCUGGAGGCCGGGCUCCCGCCCAACGUCAUCCAGUUCGUGCCGGCCGAUGGGCCCGUCUUCGGCGACGCCGUCACCUCCUCCGAGCACCUCUGCGGCCUCAACUUCACCGGCAGGACUUUCAAGCGUCUCUGGAAGCAGGUGGCUGAAAACCUGGACCGGUACCGCAACUUCCCGCGUCUGGCCGGAGAGUGCGGCGGGAAGAACUUCCACCUGGUGCACAGCUCGGCCGACGUGGCCAGCGUGGUGAACGGGACCCUGCGCUCGGCCUUCGAGUACGGCGGCCAGAAGUGCUCCGCUUGCUCCCGCCUCUACGCCCCGGACUCGCUGUGGCCCCAGAUCAAAGAGAAGCUGCUGGAGGAGCACGGGAAGAUCAAAGUGGGAGACCCUGCCCAGGACUUUGGGACCUUCUUCUCGGCGGUGAUCGAUGACAAGGUGAGCGCCGUGUCCUGCCUCUGCUGGGGAGCAGCGCCCUCAUGGUCAAUGAUUAUGGGGCGCCGCUGCGUCCCCCUCGCUGCAGCCCUGGGUGCGCGGGGCCGCGCUCUGACUCCUCCGCAUCCUCAGGAGAUCUUUGGGCCCAUCCUCACGGUGUUCGUGUACCCCGAGAAGCGCUUCCAGGACGUGCUGGAGCUCGUCGACACCACGACGCCCUACGGCCUCACGGGGGCAGUCUUUGCUCGGGAGAAGAGCGCCAUCGAGGAAGCGCGGAGGCGCCUGCGGAACGCCGCCGGCAACUUCUACAUCAACGACAAGUCGACGGGCGCCGUCGUGGCCCAGCAGCCCUUCGGGGGCUCCCGCGUCUCAGGUGAGAGGGGAAAAACCCCACACGGGAGAGGAGAGCGGCCGCCCCGGCCUCCGCCGCGCGCUCCCGGGGGACGGCUGCACGCGGGCGGCCCGGCGCCCGCUGCGGGCGCGUUGCUCUCGUGGAAUCGAAUGCAGCCAUUAAACCAUGGGCACCAGGAGGCGCGCGGCAGCGUUGGGCGUCAGCGGCGCGAGGAGCGGGGCAGCGAACGGGCCCUUAGUUAA